AGGAUCAAACAAGGAAAUUGAGAACUAUUUGCACUGGAGCUUUCGAUUUGUCAGCGAAUAGUUCGAGAAUGGCUGGAAGAUUUGGCCUUGUGCAAAAAGAGAAUGGUUCGAGAGUUCCUUUGGAGAGCAUCAAGAUUAAAGUCGACUUGCAGGGUUUUACAGCACACGUGUUGUCAACGAUGAAAUACUCGAACAAGGAGAGCAAUCCCAUUGAGGCAAUUUUUAUUUUUCCUCUGGAUAAACAGGCAGCUGUGUGUGGAUUCCAAGCUACAAUCGAUGGUCGAACCAUCGUGGCAGAGGUACAAGAGAAGCAAGAAGCUCAAGAUACCUAUGACGAUGCCAUUAGUAGCGGUCACAGCGCGUUUCUGCUGGAAGAAAGCUCGGACAUUUUUCAGAUUAGCGUUGGAAACUUACCGCCGGAGAAGGAGGCUGUCGUCGAGCUGCGGUUCGUGACAGAGCUUGCCGUCGAAUCCGAAGGUCGAGUCGUGUUCGUGCUGCCAACAGUGUUAAAUCCCAGGUACACUCCUCAAGACACUGCCCCCAGUCUGAGCGCACAAGUUCCACGAUUAGCCGCCGUUUCAUCGCCAUACGGGUUCGAGUUUGAGAUGAAAGUGAAAGCUAUUUCCUCCAUCAGCGAGGUUACUUCUUCGUCUAACACUUUGAAGGUCGAGAUAAACGAGAGCGAUGCAACGCAAGCCAGUAUAACGCUCGCAGAAGCGCAUACGUUUGACAAAGACGUAGAGGUACACAUUUUGACGAGCGAGCCUUUUAAACCGCAAGCAAUCGUAGAGAGAGGAGUGAAAACAGAAGGAACGGAAGACGAAGAAGGAUUCAUGGCAAGUCCUGUCGUCAUGCUGAAUUUUUUCCCAGAAUUCAAAACCUCAGAGUCGUCGGAAAAGGGCGAAUUUGUGUUUGUGGUUGAUCGCAGUUGGAGCAUGUGGGGAAGUAAGAAUGACAGCGCUCGGGAAACACUCCUUCUAUUCAUUAAGAGUCUGCCGGACGGUUGUUAUUUUAAUGUUGUUGGUUUUGGAAGCAGCUACAAGACACUGUUCGAUAAAAGUGUACUGUACAAUGACGAGAAUUUAAAGAAAGCCACCGAUCUUGCUGGGAGCAUGGAAGCCGAUCUCGGAGGAACCGAAAUCCUUUCCCCUUUGCAGUGGGUGUUUUCUCAGCCCCUGGUUAAAGGUCACCCAAGACAGCUGUUUCUCCUGACCGAUGGUGAGGUUGGAAAUACUCAGCAGGUUAUAAGUUUGGUCCAAAAGCACUCCAACAGCGCCAGGUGUUUUACAUUUGGCAUUGGGGCUUGUGCAUCAACUGCACUCGUCAAAGGAGUUGCCAGAGUGGGGAAGGGGACUGCAGAGUUUGUCACAGCCAGGGAAGACCGGUUGCAGGCCAAGGUAAUAAAGACACUAAAGCGAGCCCGGCAACCUGUCAUCACAGAUGUGAGCAUAAUCUGGAAACUAGAAAAAGACUGGACUGUGCAGCAGAUCCCCUCGUCUCUUCUUCCGCUUUUCAGUGGAGACAGGCUUGUGGUUUAUGGCGUUCUGAAGGCGUCUGAAAACAAAAAAAGCGGUAGCGGAGUGAAUGAAGUGAAACUCGAAGGUAACGCAGAAAAUGAUGCUCAAGUGGAUCAUAUCAUUCAGUUUGCAUCCCCCGCCACAGAAGACAGCUGGGAUAGAGAUGCAAGAACCGAAGGAAGAAUCCUUCUUCAUUGGCUAGCAGCCAAGAAUUCUAUUCAAGAAAAACAAGGUGACGUCAAUGAAUUGGGCGACAGUGGGCCAAGGGUUGAGAAAGCUAAGAGCUAUGUUAUCAGCAUCAGCAAGUCGGCCAAUGUUGUAUCAAAGUUAACGUCGUUUGUGGCUGUUGACAAAGACAGCCGUGAGCCUGUAUCUGGACCGCUUCGAAAACGAGUGGCCAACUUUGCCUCAAUGAUUACGUCUGCGGCUGAUAGGAGACAAGCAACAAGAACGAGAACACAGUCUGCCAACAUUCCGUGGGCAGCCGGAUUUUCAUCUGGAGCUCGUCCACCUCCUCUAAAAAAAAUGAAAUGGCCAAAAAUGACCAAGGCAAGCUACCAUGGUGCUCCUCUCGUUUCCACUCACAACCAGAAGGGUUAUGGGUCAUCCAAUCAAACUGCUACAUGGCCUUUAAUGUUUCAACAGUUAUGCAGAAAGGCUUCUGAAGCUCCUGAAGCUCCUGUUCGUGAAGUUUCUGCCAACAACCAGAAAAAGAAAGGUGCUCGGUCUGCCUUGUCAGUUAUUUCAUUACAGAAAGCGUCAGGGUCGUGGGACCUCACAGAUCAGCUGGCGUCCUUGUGCGAUGUAAGUAGAAGUGAUUUGAUCAAAGGAUGUUCAAAAGAGAUUGCAGCUGACACAGCUGAAGGAAAGCUGAUAUGGGCCACCGCCCUGGCUCUGGUGCUGCUGAUGGGGAAGUACUCUGAUCAGAAAGAUGAAUGGGAAAUGAUCGCUGAGAAAGGCAAAAAAUAUCUGAAAAAGAAUCUCCCGGGGAGUUUAACACUGGAUCAAGUGCUAGAGAGUGCAGCAACCGCAGUGGGAGUUCAGGUCAAUACUGGACUGUAACCAGAUAAAUAAUUACCAGUAUUUUACACCUUUUUCACAAUUACCUUAGUGACAUGAAUUUGAUGUAGAACGCAAAACCUAACUCGCGUCAUUACUUUAGUAGCUAAACGUAGGCUACCCGUUAAUCCAGGUUUGUCGUGGUGCUGACUCAAAUCCCAUCAGAAUAGAAUGAAAGAAAAAAUAGACUAUGUUUGAUCUGGCCGGAUAGGGACGGAAAUUUUCUUGUUAGUAGGCCGAUCAAUUUUGGAUCAGAGGCAAGAUUCCCAGUUAGUUUAUCAUUAGUAUGAUGAUUUACGUAUACCAAUGUUUAGUGCGAACUCGGUGAUUCUGAUGAUUUUUUUUACCAACUUGUUUUCAAAUUAUCUAAAGAAACAAAGAGAAAAAUCGGUACCAUGCUUGUUUCCUGCUCGUUUCCUGCUCGUUUCGUCGUUAAGUAGUGCUUAUUUUCAACCAGCUUAAGGCUAUUUCAUGGCCUGUGCGAGGGAGCCAGUCUGUGGUAACUUGCACAGAAGCGACAUAACGAAAGGGACUAAGAUUACCAAGGGGCCAAGAAACCCACUGGUUUUCUCUCAGUCGUUCAGUCUUUAGUCUCGCACCUUUGACAAAGAAUAAUUCAGCAGGCGUUAUAAUGUAGUGAGAAUACUUUGUCGUGUUUUUGUGAAUUGUGGGAAUUUUUACUCUCGAGUGUCAAAAGAGUUCCGCAAAUAUAUAGCAGUUGGCGUGUAAAGUUAUUUUAACGUAAUGCAUAGGCAAACGAAUUAAGGACGAAAAUUUUCACAAUUUUAAAUCAAAUUAAUUGAGUAGCUCUGUCAUACAUGUUAUACUUGUAGUGUCCCUCUAAAUAAAUAGGAAGUUAACUGGCAUUAAGUCUUGAAAUAAAGAUUGA